AUGAUAAUUAUAUUUAUAGCUCACAUAUGUGGAUGUACAUGGCAUGGCAUAGCUCAUUAUACUACAAAUUAUUCUUGGUUGGAUGCCUACAACUUAAGAGAGAGAACUAAUGGAACAAGAUACAAUUAUUCAAUAUAUUGGGCAACAAUGACAAUGACAACUGUUGGUUAUGGAGAUAUUACAGCUUAAAAUGAUCUGGAAUUACUAAUUAAUAAUAUCACUAUGUUUGUAGCAAGCAUAGUAUUUGCAUAUUCUGUUAAUAGUAUAGGAAUAUUUGUGUCGAAUAUGUAUAAAGGAACUAUGGAAUAUAGUAGAACAGUUACUUUAAUUAAUACAUUUAUGUCUAAAAACAAAAUCUAAUUUGAUUUACAGACUAGAAUAAGAAGUUAUUUAGAAUAUAUUUGGUAAGAAGAAUAAGAAAUGAAUGAUGAUGAAGUUGGAUCUAUUGUGAAAAAAUUAAGUAGACAUCUAUAAGAUGAAUUAUAAUAUUAAUUACGAGGUAAUAUUCUAAAGAAUUGUAAAAUCAUCAUGAAAUUGUUUUCUGAAUAAUUACUUAAGAAUCUUCUUCAAUAAAUGGAAGAAUUAUCAUUUAGUCCAGAUGAGAAAAUAAUUACAUGUAAUUAAAUAGAUGAUUGUUCAUUAUAUAUGAUUACUAAAGGAGAAGUAGAAUUAAUAUUUUCAGGUAAAAAUUAGUUAGGAGAAAUGAUAAAAAGAAAUUCAAUAAAAGUACUUAAAUAAUAUGAAUGUUUUGGGGAAGUUGCAUUUUUUACAGGAAAUCCUAGAAUAGCUACUGCUAUUUCAAAAGGAUUUACUAGGGCAUUUAAAAUAAAAAGAGAAAAUUUUUUAGCUAUUUUAUAAUAAUUUCCAAAUGAUUAUGAAAAAUUUUGUGAUACUAGAGAUAGAUUAAUAAAUAAUGAAUUCUCUUCUUUAUAAUUAAAUUGUUAUAGUUGUAAAAGCAAUAGACAUCUUAUAAAUAAUUGUCACAUUUUACAUUUUUGUGCUGAUCAAGAGAAAAUAUUAAAAAAAGAAUUAUUUCCUGUAGAAUAAUUCAGAAGUAUGGUUUAUAGUAGAAAUAAGACAACAAAAGUAGUUAGUGCAUUAACAAUGUAGAAGUUUUAUUCAGCAAGAGCACAUGAUCUAAUUUAGGAUCUGUAUUAAUAAGAAAAGGGUGGUACUGAUAUUGAUGAUGGAGAUUCACAUACAAUGCCUAUGAAUGAUGCAUAUGAAAAUGAUGAUGAUGAUGGUAAAUAAAUUAUUUUAUUUAAUAGAUUUACCUUCUUCUAUAAAUUAACAAAGAAGUUAAUCAAUAAGUCUUAGUAAAGUAAGUUCAAAAUAAUAACAACAAUAAGUAGAUAUUGAAGAAUAAGAAUUAGACAAUAAAGGAUAUCAUCGUAAAUAAUGUCCUCCACGUUAAACUGUUUAGACAGCUGGGUUUGGACGUAAUACUAAAACUAAAGAUAGUAUUGUAUUAUAAAAUAACAAUAGUUGCCUGGAAUGUAUAAUAAUUGAGUGAAUCCUAAGAUUCAUUAGAAAUACAGGAUUAAGUUAUUCCUCUUUAAUCACAUAAUUAACAAAAAUCAAAUGAAUUAAUUAAUAAAUAUUAAUCAUCAAAGAAGCUGAUUUCAAGAAGUGGGUCUGGAGAUGAUCCAUCUAAAAUACCUACAGAAAUUAGAAUUUCUAAAUAGUAAGGACAUUCAAAAAAUCAAUCUGAUCUUGAAAUUCGUAAUAAUUUAGCGAGAGAACAAGCUAGAAAAAUAACUUCAAGAACAAGAACACAUAAUGAUGAUCCAACUUUGAUUACAGAUAAUUUGACUUAAAAUAAUAAUGCCUAUCAGUUAUUAUAAGCUCCUACUAUUACUACGAUUUUUUAAAAUUUUGAUAAAAUGUGUAUCUUUUAGUUUUAUUAACCAUUUAAUAAUUAUGAUGCUGUAAUCAAAAGGUAUUUAAUAUAAAUUAUUUAUUAAGAUAUGCAAGGGCAUAAAAAUUUUUUGGUAAAAAGAGAUUAUAUCCUGAAAGUUCUCUUUAUUCAUUUUACUUUAUGGCUAUUAAAAAAGGAUAUAAAUUAAGAAAAUUAGGAUAAUUAAUUCCUAAUGGAUCAACACGAUUCUCUGGUGGUGUUAAAUUAAUAAAAAAAGCAUUUAAAAAAAUAAGAUAACCUACAUUAGCAGAAUAUAGUGAUAUGUUGUAUUAAAAUAAAUGA